AUGGCAGUCGCCGCGGCCUUGUGCACCGUCGCCCUCUCCGCCGCCGCCGCCCUCCUCGCGGGUGGCGGCCCCCCGCUCGCGCCGCAGCGGCGAGCCGCCGCUCGGCCGCCAACCGCGGCCCGCCGCUGCGCCGACCCGCGGCUUUGUGGCAUCGUCGCCGUCUUUGACGACCUGCUGAGCGCAGAGGAGAUCAAGGAGCUGACCGUCGAGCUGACGCGGCGGCUGGAGCACCGCGGGCCGGACUCGGUCGGCUUCCACGGCGGCGAUGGCUUCGGCCUCGGCCACGCACGCCUCUCCAUCAUGGACCCCGAGGCGGGCAAACAGCCGCUGGUCUCGCAGGCGACCGGUGCGGCCGUCGUGCACAACGGGGAGAUCUACAACCACGCUGCGCUGCGGGAGGAGUGGGCGGCCGUGCGGACGGCGGCGGGGAAGGCUCCCUUCUCCUUCACCACCGGCUCCGACUCGGAGGUCGUCCUGCCGCUCUUUGAGGACCUGUCGCCGGCGGAGCUCGCCGCAAAGCUGGACGGCAUGUUCGGCGUGGUGGCGGCGUCGGCGGACGGCAAGGACUUCGUUGCGGUGCGCGACCCGGUCGGGAUCAAGCCGCUCUACCGCGGCUGGUCGCGCGACGGCGGCCGCGUCAUCUUCGCCUCGGAGCUCAAGUGCUUGGUCGGCGUCGUGGAGCACGCAGAGCUGGUGCCGCCGGGGCACGUGUGGACGCGGGAGCGCGGGUACGAGCGGUACUUCGACCCGGAGUGGCUGGCUCCCCUCUCGCGGCCCGACGCGCCGCCGCCGCCCCUCGGCACGCGCGGCACCGACCGAGUCCGCUCCAUCCUCAAGGCUGCCGUGCAGAAGCGGCUCAUGUCGGACGUCGGGUACGGCCUCCUCCUCUCGGGCGGGCUCGACUCGGCCAUCGUCGCGAAGCUGAUGUCGGAGCUGACCGACAUGUCGACCAUCAAGUCGUUCACCGUCGGGAUGGCCAACUCGCCCGACAUCAUGGCCGCGCGCGCCAUCGCCGACGUCUUCGGCACCGAGCACCACGAGUACAUCUUCACGCCCGAGGAGGCCUUCUCCAUCCUGCCAAAGGUGGUCGAGCACCUGGAGACGUACGAGCCCGAGCUGAUCCGCUCGUCGAUCCCAAACUACUUUCUCGCCAAGCUCGCCGGCUCGCACACCAAGGUUGUCCUCACCGGCGAGGGCUCGGACGAGCUCUUUGCCGGCUACCUCUACUUUCGCGACGCGCCCGACAAGGAGGCGCUGCACAAGGAGACGCUGCGCAUCUUCGACCACCUCGCGUCCGUCAACCUGCAGCGGUCCGACCGGAUGGGGAUGGCCCACGGCCUCGAGGCGCGCGUGCCCUUCCUCGACGUCGACAUGCUGCGCGAGCUGUACGCGGAGGUGGACCCGCAGUGGAAGAUGCACGAGACGGACGCGGAGGCCGAGGGCGGCGCGCGCAUGGAGAAGUGGGCGCUCCGCCGCCUCUUCGAGGGCGACAUCCCGCACGAGGUCCUCUGGCGCACAAAGGCCAUGCAGUGCGAGGGGGACGGCGUCGGCACCAACUGGGUCGAGCGGCUGCAGGAGAUGUGCGCCGACGCGGUGAGCGACGCCGAGUUCGCCGCGGCGGCGGAUCGCUUCCCGCUCAACCCGCCGCAGAGCAAGGAGGAGUAUUACUACCGCGCCCUCUUCGAGACUCACUUC